UUGUGCAGUGAGAGACACGGUGACAAGAUGAGUCCAGAGAAAGGGAGGAGAAUGACAGACCGAGAAAAGGGUGUGAGGACUGGGUUGGAGACUGAAGAUCUCAUGCUUAGGACUUUGGGACUUUGCGAUCCCAGAAUGGGUGGAAACAAAAGGUCACCUGACCAGAGGGCUGAAGUACAAGAAGAUGGACCUCCCCAGAACCUGAUACAACAUCUGGAGAGGGGCGAGCUGCCACGCCAGGCCUGGCCAGGAGGAGGCGCUGCAGUUGUGGCGGAAACGUCUGACAGUGAGCACAACCUGGAGCUACAGACGGUGCAAAUGGAAGAGACGGGCGAAAGAAAGGCCGGUGGCGGGAACGCACCGGAGGCCAACCCAAGCGUAGGCACGGGGACCCCAUCUGUGUCGUCCACGUCUACUCUCUUCCCAAAACUUUACACCCAGCAGAAUGCGAUGAGGAAAUUCUUUGUUACCAGGCCUGGAGCAUUUGACCAAGCCAUAGAAGAUCUAAAAACCCAUGUGGUCGAAAAUUCGGGGGAAACUGCUCAGAGCUUCUGGCUUUUGACGGAGAUAGAUCACUGGAAUAACGAGAGGGAGCGUGUGGUGGUGAUCACAGAUGCCACACUCCUGGUCUGCAAGUACGACUUCAUCAUGCUCACCUGCCUCCAGGUGCAGCGGAUCCCCCUGAACUACAUCGACCGUAUCUGCCUGGGCCAGUUCACCUUCCCGGAGAGGUCUCUGGACAAGAGAGAGGGAGAAGGCCUGCGAAUCUACUGGGACAACCUGAAGGAGCCGUCUGUCCUGUCCCGUUGGAACCCAUGGGCCGUGGAUAUCCCUUAUGCAACUUUCACAGAGCAUCCGGUGAAGGGCAGCAGCGAAGGGUUCCGUGCCGCCUGCCAGAUGUCCGAGUUCACUGCUCAGUUGGUCCAGGCCGUUCAGAGCGCCCAGAGCAAGAACCCGGCGCCGGGCAAGACCAGCAGCGUCGCGGUCCUGAACCAGCCCCUCCUCAUCGACACCUAUAUGGGUUUAGUGUCUUUCAUUGGGAACCGCAACAAACUGGGCUAUUCCCUCGCUCGGGGGAACAUGGGCUUCUGAAGCGCUCCACAGCGGGGAGGGUGCUGGGUCUGUUAGUGUCGCUGUCCUUUCAAUUCUGCAGGGAUUAGAGGGGAAAAGCCGCGAAGGUGAAGUCAUACAUGGGUCUGGCGCUGGCCUUCUGCCCGGGGCACGUUUCCCUCCCGUGGCAAAGUGUGUCCUGGGCCUUUCAGCCCUCCUGUGCGCAAAUACGGCUGAGCCACGAACGCUUUGCCACGUGGGCAUGAGAGACGGCGCACAGGCGGGACUCCGGAGGGGGACCCUGCCACAGGUGUGACGGCCCCACCCAAAAUAAGCGUCUAGUCCAAAUACAGCCAGGAGUCGGGCAGCACCGGAAAGGCUCAGACAUUUACCAGUCCUGCCCCCUUUCCAUGGAGCAGUGUGACCGGGAGAGCAAAGCAAUGGGGCCAACUUGCUCCGCUUCCCCUGCUGCUGCUGGUGAGCGGGAGGGGGGUGGAUGGUUCCUGCAGGUGACAGCCCCCUGUUAACCCUCCACCGGCUGCUGGCUGGCUCCUCCCACCCAUGGUAUUGGGGGAGCGCAUGACCCCUCGCACCCCCCAUGCAUCCCCCUGGACAC